UUCCAUCCAGACGAAGUUUACUUGCCCUCGUCUGUUUCAUGGUUCUUCGAAAACGGAGCACUUCUGUACAAACGGGGAAGAGAUAAAGGUUUAAACAUCGACUCUAAAGGCUCAAAUUUGCCUGGCGGCGGGUGGAAUGAUGGAAAAUUCUGGCUUGAUUUACCAGACGAUGACGAAAAUAGUGAUUAUCUCAAGUGUGGUAACAUUGAAAGCACAGAGUUGUACGUUCACAUAAAACCUGCUUCAGGGGGAACUUUCACCGACGUUGCCAUGUGGAUCUUCUGCCCAUUCAAUGGUCCAGCUACAAUUAAAGCGGGGAUGCUAAAUUAUUCUUUUAACAGAUUAGGCCAACAUGUUGGCGAUUGGGAGCAUUUUACUCUCCGCUUGAGCAACUUCACCGGAGAACUUUGGAGCAUGUAUUUUUCAGAACACAGUGGUGGUGAAUGGCUCGAUGCAAGUGAGUUGGAGUUCAUUGAGGGAAAUAAGUCGAUUGUAUAUUCAUCGAAAAGUGGCCAUGCAAGUUUCCCACAUCCUGGGUGCUAUAUUCAGGGUUCUACGAAACUUGGAAUCGGGGUCAGGAAUGAUUGUGCUAAGAGCAAGUACGCCGUGGACUCUAGCAUCAAGUACCAAAUUAUCGCAGCUGAGUACCUUAGAGACGGAAACUUUACAGAACCACAUUGGUUACAGUAUAUGAGGGAAUGGGGUCCGACGAUUGUUUACAAUUCACGAUCUGAACUGGAGAAGUUACUCAAACACCUUCCGUUUUUCAUUAGGUUUUCGGUGGAAAAUCUCAUCGAAAUUUUCCCGACCGAACUUUAUGGCGAGGAGGGGCCAACGGGACCAAAGGAGAAGGACAAUUGGGAUGGAGAUGAAAGGUGUUAAACCUUCUUUUUCUCUGAACGGUCUUGGAAAUAUUUUGCUAGAUGGUACAGAAGGCAUUUUUAGGCUGCUUUUGUGAAAAGGAAUUGCAUAGUCGAAUUAAGAUUUAUUGAGAAAUAAUGCAUAGUUUUUUGUUACACACAAAAGUGGAAAUCAAGUUCAAUAUGGGUUAGUCUAGGAGGUGUGCAUGUGUAUGUUAUUACAUUAAAGAUUGUACCAUUAUUACUCAUUACAAAUUAAUAUGAUACCUUUCUAUUCUUUGCU